UAUAUAUAUACGUACACACACAGUAGCUCACCCACUGAUUCGUUACCACCCUCUUUUCUCUUCUGGGGUGGAAAGGAGAACUGGACACACCCUCCUGUUUCUCGUUUUUCUUCCCCAAAAAUCAAUCUCUCUCACACACAGAUUCCUCAAUCAUCUAUCGAAUAUCUUAUAUACCAAUAUUCUCAGAACAGUUCAUUCUCAGGCCUACUUUUUUUAUUCUCUUCACGAGAUUGGAUCUUUUCAUCAAAUUCUCAAGUAUCCAAUUGCCAAAAAUGGAGCUUUCGAUUACCCAUUUGGCCAAAAUCGAAUCUUUUGCUCCUUCAACAAUCCCAAAUUGCUUGAAACCAUGAAAAGAUGAAUUUGGGUAUGCUUUAAACCCUACCCUACAAGGAGCUUAUUAUUAUUUUUUUCUUCACAAAGUUAGGAUUAAUGGGUAGAAGAGAAAUGCCAGUUUCGGAGGGUAAAAGAGAUGGGUUUUUCUCUGGUUCUGAGUUGGGGUUUCAAUGGAGUCUCCAAGAGGGUUCUUUUCACCCUGGAGGGUUAUUUGCUAGUGUUAAUAAAGUGGGCAAUAUGGGCUUUGGCAUUUCGCCAAAUUCACCAAAUUCCAGGGACAAUAAUCAUGGGCUGAAGCUACCUUACACUGAUUUAUAUGUAAAGUAUGUGUCUUCACCUGAAGGUUUUCGGAUUGUUGGUGUUCCGGAGGCAAAUACGGAAGAAGAGACUUUGAAGAAGAAAAGGGGUGGCCUUAAAUUUAAGGUUAAGGUUAAGAAUCAUUCAUUGAGGAGGUUGAUAAGUGGUGCAGUUGCUGGGGCAGUGUCGCGGACAGCAGUUGCCCCAUUGGAGACUAUUAGGACACAUUUGAUGGUUGGAAGUAGUGGGCAUUCUACUACUGAAGUGUUCCAUGACAUUAUGAAGACUGAUGGAUGGAAAGGCUUGUUUAGGGGAAAUUUUGUUAAUGUGAUUCGGGUGGCGCCAAGCAAAGCUAUAGAGCUUUUUGCUUAUGAUACAGUUAACAAGAACUUGUCGCCAAAGCCUGGGGAACAGCCCAAAAUCCCCAUCCCUGCUUCACUGAUUGCAGGGGCAUGUGCUGGGGUUAGCUCCACUCUGGUGACGUAUCCGCUAGAAUUACUGAAGACUCGGCUAACCAUACAGAGGGGUGUUUAUGAUGGCCUGUUUGAUGCAUUCAUAAAAAUAUUGCAAGAGGGGGGACCUGGAGAACUUUACAGAGGUCUCACCCCUAGUCUUAUUGGAGUAGUUCCAUAUGCGGCUACCAAUUACUUUGCUUAUGACACCUUACGGAAAGCAUAUCGGAAAGUUUUCAUGCAAGAGAAAAUCGGCAACAUAGAAACCCUGUUGAUUGGAUCAGCAGCUGGUGCCAUUUCAAGUAGUGCAACGUUCCCACUUGAGGUGGCUCGCAAGCACAUGCAGGUAGGGGCCGUGAGUGGACGACAAGUGUACCAGAACGUGUUUCAUGCGCUCUCAAGCAUACUUGAACAGGAAGGGAUUCAGGGCUUGUAUAAAGGGCUUGGGCCCAGCUGCAUGAAGUUGGUGCCUGCUGCCGGGAUUUCAUUUAUGUGCUAUGAAGCGUGCAAGAGGAUAUUGGUAGAGGAAGAGAAUGAUGCUUAGAAGAGUUCUUUCAGAUGAAUAAAUGAAACUGAGUACUUGCUGUGCAUCUUUGAGCAAGAUGGUCGAUAGGAUACAACUAUACUGGUUUGAUUUAUGUUGCACCCUUUUUCCACCUGAACUUUUUUUUAAUUCCCAGAUUCCAUUCCUUCUUUUUAAUCUUUUGUAGUCGAAGGAUAACAGCUCGUGACUCAGUUCAAGGAGCCUGGUUUCCGAGGUUAGAACUGAUAUCUUUGAGAGCUAUGUUACGUGACGUUGAUUUUACUUAUAUGUGAGUCAGAAUAAUUUGAGACAAGCAUGGAAAGAUGUUGCGGCUUAAUGUUGUUUUUAAGUAGGCUGCCCCAGGAGAAUUUCACUUUCA